GGCUGAAGUCCGUAACGAAGGAUUCAAUGGGUAAAGGUGGAAUGAUCUUCUAUAACGGGCCUUGUCAAUAGAAAGAGAUUCAAGUUCUGUGAUACCCCCUCUCCCCCCCAACAACAGCGUCACCCUCGAAAUGAGGAUCGUACGGCUGAAGGACUUUUCAGUAAGGCCUUCCAUGGCAGGUUCAGGAAGGCACUCGGGAAAAACUGGGAAGACCCAAGUCGUACCGCAGUCGCUGGGGCAUUCGAUUAACAGGAAAGGCCUGCUUACACCGGCGGCCGAGGUCAUAGGGGGGCUGUUCGGGUUGGGCGAAGUAUUGAAGCCGAAGCCGAACGACAGUAGGCCGCCCCCGCGUGGGGGACCUCCACCGCCGCCAGUAACCUCAUCGUCGAUUGUGACUCCUUCACCCGCGCCGGAUCCCAGCCCAAUCACUAGCACUAGUCCGGAGGAGAGGACAACCACAACGUCCGUUCAGACAACCUCUAGCACCAGUCCAGCAAGUUCGACUUCGUCUAGCACGAGUACUAGGAGCACUUCGACUGGCACUGAUGGUAAUACGAGUGUGAGUACCACAGCUACUAGUUCUCUUCCUUCCACCGAACCACGCGGAAGGCAACCUCAGACAUCCCCACACCUGAGUUCAAGUUCACCAUUCUCACCCAAUGCGCCCUCUUCGAGCCCUUCGACCCUUUCAACCUCCCCGCCCCCACCGCCCCCACCGCCUGUAGGAUCCACCAGCGCCUCACUUUCACCUUCAGCCAUCGCAGGAAUCGUCGUUGGCGUCGUCAUUGGAAUGAUGAUAAUCAUCUUUCUCACUCUUUUCUGCUUACGCAGGAGACGUGCCAUGAAGGCCGUCUCUUCAGGUCUCUCAUUUGAAAAAGCAUAUCCCUACCCAUUCACUAGUCCCACCGCCGCGGCUGGUGUUACUCGAAGUAUCGGUCGUCCAAUUUCACCCCCAUCCCCGGAAUCUAUCAGGGCUUUUAACCCGUCCUUGAUGGUUAGUCCCGGACAACCUCCUCCUAUUCGAUCAUCAUCUAGCCUCCGGAGCCUCAGGAGCAUCGGUCGUGUACUUUUGGCUACGAGGAGAGACCCCCUGGCGCCGUAUCGUGCAACUCCGCAGGAAUCACCCCCAUCACCUUCGAAAACCAGUGUAGAACAAGGAGGAUAUGGUGGCAGGAGUCGCUGGUCAACGACUGCCGAGGGAGAUUUCUCCUUGUCCUCGGCGAACUCAAUCUCAAUCUCGACCUCAGAAGAAAGCGGAUCUACCGUGAGGAAACCACUUCCCAACCCGUUCGACGACUCUUCAAGUGUUUCGGCCCAGUCGUCUGAUCAAUCUUCAGACCUCAGAUUUCGAACAUCCUAGAAGAGAAACUCGAAGCUGCGUUGAAAUAUGUAGAACUCAAGAACUUGAACUGUGUAAGGACAUCUUGUUUACCCUUGGAUAUGUACAUUAGCUCAGACCGAACUCUACCGCGAAUUGUACUGAUAUAUUAGCGUUGCAUCGAAAUCUACAAUCCUUUCCGUAUCACAGUCAAGCAUCUUCCGUCGUUAUGGUAUUAUCAAGUAUCCGCAAGCAAAGAUCAAGCAAUCACAGCAAGAGAAGAAGAUCAUUUCGGCCCCCUCCAGUCGAUCCACAUAAGCCCCCCCUUGUAUACUUCAGUAGGUUUGAAUAACGUCGAUUCUACCUCUGGCAGGGACAGAAGCAAUGACAAGGGUAGUCGAGGGGUGGCAGACGACAUUAGUGUUUGGUUUAGCAGACUGCAAGGAUGCUC